UUCCCCGUCCCCUUACUUCCGCCACCCCUCUCUCAGGAUAGAGCUUAUUGGUCCACCUUCUAGCUUCCGUUGCUGCCUUCGCCGCCGCCGCCGCCGCCGCCAUCACCAUGAUUCAGUUUUUGCUAGGAUUUACACUCGGCAAUGUGGUCGGGAUGUAUCUGGCUCAGAACUAUGACAUUCCGAACUUGGCCAAAAAGCUUGAAGAGAUUAAAAAAGAUGUAGAUGCCAAGAAGAAACCUCCUAGCUCUUAAUGCCAACAUCUAGUAAUGUCGUCUGGAUGCUUUCCUAUUCGAAACAAAAGCUCAUAUUCUCUCCUUCAGAACUGGAUGACUGUCUUCACCCUGAGAUACACUGAGAUGCCUUUGAGCUAAAAUAUACCUGUAACACCAGAACUACCCUGCAUUACUCCUCCUGGACUCCUCUGACUCCUGUACCUGCGUGGGAGAUUCUGUUAUUUGAAUCAUGGUGCUUGACUAGGAAAUGCUAGUUUUGAUUAGUGAUCUCUCCCCUUACCUUUUAAAUUGUGGAUUUCUAGUAAUUUUUUUAAGUUGCUUUUUAUAUGGCAGUAUACUAAUUCUCUAAUUAUGUCUACCACACUGGAUGCUUUAUAAGCAUUUAGUGUUAAACAGUGUUGUUCCAAAUCAAUUAAAACCAUUAUAUAGCAACUGA